CGCACGUCAUUCAGCGCGCGUGUGUUGUUGUGUCACCACCGCUCAGUCAGUGAAGCACCGCGCGCGACGCAGCGCGUACAUUGUGCCGCGUACCUCUUUGUUCCCCGAGUGAUGGUAGCAGCUUUGUAACGUCACAAUACAGUUACUAGUUCAGAAUGAAAGUGGACAAGGACGCGUCGCUGAGCCUGGCCGGGCCCACGGUGGCUGGAGACGAGUCUAAACCGUUCCUGUCCGACAGGAAGGAGAGCCUGAAGGUGACCAUCACUCCGGCGCAGCACAAGACGCUCACGCACCUGCCGAAGCGCCCGCCCGUGGACCUCGCCUUCACAGACCUCACCUACAAAGUGCAGGAGGGACGCAAGAGCAAUGUGAAGACGAUCCUGAAGUCGGUGUCCGGGCGGCUGCGGUCCGGCGAGCUGACGGCCAUCAUGGGCCCGUCCGGUGCCGGAAAGUCCACGCUGCUCAACAUACUCACCGGAUACAAGACCUCAGGCAUGGAAGGCAGCAUCACAGUGAACGGCAUGGAGCGCAACCUGUCCAGCUUCAGGAAGCUGUCGUGCUACAUCAUGCAGGACAACCAGCUACACGGCAACCUCACCGUGGAGGAGGCCAUGGGCGUGGCCACGGCGCUCAAACUGCCGUCGGCCACUACUAAAGCGCAUAAGGAGGAAGUGAUCCAAGAGAUCCUCGAAACGCUGGGUCUAUCCGAGCACCACAAGACGAUGACGUCAAACUUGUCAGGAGGACAGAAGAAGCGUCUGUCCAUAGCCCUGGAGCUGGUCAACAACCCUCCCAUCAUGUUCUUCGACGAGCCGACAUCAGGACUGGACAGCUCGUCGUGCUUCCAGUGCAUAUCUCUGCUGAAGACCUUGGCCAGGGGAGGCAGGACUAUCAUCUGCACCAUCCACCAGCCUUCAGCCAGGUUGUUCGAGAUGUUCGAUCACUUGUACACGCUGGCCGACGGACAGUGUGUGUACCAGGGCAGCACGGGCAGACUAGUGGAGUGGCUGGGCAGCCAGAGCCUGCAGUGCCCGUCGUACCACAACCCCGCGUCCUUCAUCAUCGAGGUGUCCUGCGGAGAGUACGGGGACAACACCGGCAAGCUGGUCCGAGCUAUUAAUAACGGGAAGCAUGAUAUUAGAAACGGCCUACCAUUCCCCGAGAGCAAAGUCCCGGACCUCAACAACAAGAAGGACAUGGAAGUGUCUCUGGCCCCAGAAGUGAACAAGAACGACCUCUCGCAAGUGCGUGACAAGUUCAGACAAGAGCCUCAGAACGGCUCCAACGGCUCCAACCUACAGAAUGGCCUUUUACAGUACGCGGCGAACGAGAUAGCAAAGGGCAAAGGCGAGCCACUAGUGGUACAAAUGGAGUUGGAGAAGCAGGACAACGCAUCAGUGUCUCUACUAGGAGACAGCGGCUCCCCGCGCCGCUACGCCACCAGCGAACUCACGCAGUUCUGGGUCGUGCUCAAGAGGACACUGCUCUUCAGUCUUAGGGACUGGACGCUCAUGUACCUCCGUCUCUUCGCUCACAUCCUGGUCGGCAUACUGAUCGGAGCUCUGUACUACAACAUCGGCAACGACGCCAGCAAGGUGCUGUCCAACCUCGGCUUCCUGUUCUUCAAUAUGCUGUUCCUCAUGUACACCUCCAUGACCAUCACUAUACUUAGCUUCCCACUCGAAAUGCCUGUGCUCGUCAAAGAACACUUCAAUCGGUGGUAUUCGCUCAAGUCCUACUACUUGGCCAUCACCGUCUCUGAUAUACCAUUCCAGGCGAUAUUCUGCAUAAUCUACGUGGUGAUAGUGUACCUGCUGACGUCGCAGCCGCUGGAGAUGUUCCGCUUCGUGAUGUUCCUCACGUCGUGCCUGCUCAUCUCUUUUGUUGCACAGAGCGUCGGUUUGGUUGUUGGUGCUGCCAUGAAUGUGCAGAACGGUGUAUUCCUGGCGCCAGUGAUGUCGGUCCCCUUCCUUCUGUUCAGCGGUUUCUUCGUGUCCUUCAACGCGAUCCCGGUGUACUUGCGGUGGAUCACGUACUUGUCCUACAUUAGAUAUGGGUUCGAGGGCACUGCCCUUGCUACCUACUCGUUUAAUAGGACCAACUUGGUUUGUCACCAGGUGUACUGCCACUUCAAGGACCCGGACACAACUUUAGACGAGCUGGACAUGGGCGACGCGGACAUCACGCUGGACAUAGCGGCUCUCUGCGUCAUCUUCCUCGUGCUCAGGGUCUCCGCCUUCUUGUUCCUGCGCUGGAAGCUCAAGUCCACCAGAUAAGCCGUCUGAAUUUGAUAGGGUUAUACUGCACUGCUCUUGGACAUUCUUAAUUCGGUCGGGUUUGCCGGACUUUUCAAUGGUGCGCUGGUUUUGUUUACGAGCAACAACAUAGUAAAUGAAAUUAAAUCAGUUGGUGUUGGAAAUAUGUCGGAAACACGUCCGUUUAAGUGAAUCGGUUAUGAAACUUCUCGUGAAGAUUUCAAGUUAAUCACAAACUGAUAUUGAGACUGAUAACCGAUUCCCAAGGGUGGUGCAGUUUAACUAAGUAGUAGAUAAAUUAGUUUUUUGUAUGUUUAAGUAUAUUUUAAUGUUGUUAGACUAUGAACAAUUGAUAUGUUAGUUAGAUCGCUGUGCGGUUUUAAUAUUGAUAAUACUGAAACAUUCUGAUAAUCAUCAUAAAAUCUGAGUAUACACCAGUACCUACUUGGUUCAUUGGAAAUGCAAUUUUAUUCCUGAUUUACGUUAUAUUUUAUUUAUUAUUGUGAUUGAGCUUUUAAUGUAGGAAUGAGCAAACUAUGAAAAUAAAUAAAAUAAUGUUUGUAUCCAAAGUUAUUUAUUUUCUUGAAACAUGACAAUUAUGGAGACUUAAUUAUUAAAUUUACAACCGAAUCGUACAAUAUUGUGCCUUUAUGUGAAAACGCCCUUAUGAAAAACUUGUGAUGGAAUUGUUAUUAAAUGUGAUCAUUUUAUGUGAUAAUGCGAAUGUUUAUAUUAUUUUGAAAUCAUUCCUUUUAACGGUAAGCUGGCCUUUAAAGAUACACAUUUUAACAAAUAUACUAAAACCGUGCAUUGACUGUUUAAAUAAAUCAUAAUAUAUUUACAUACUUAAUUAAAUUAUAAUGAAAAACAUGUAGGUAUGUGUACCAAAAUUCAGCAGGCAGGUAAUGAAAAUCCACUUUUAAUUGCAUUCUUUGUACAAAAAUUAAAACAUUGCAUUUUUGCUAGUACAUUCAACUCGACUGUUAUUGGCCUUGAAAACAUUUUAGGUGUAUUUUAUUCAAUUUUUAGAAUGUGUACGUCGAAACAGGCCAAGGCGGCGUCAUUACCCGCGUCUUUCAAAAGUGGAUACACCUUCGUCAGUGGUUGGUGCAAAAAUCAUGUAUUUUAAAACGAAAGUAUAAACUCUGAUCAUUAUCUUGCCGUCAGCAGGCUUGCCUUUAUUUCGACAAGACAACAAUAAGUCUUUUUUGUUCGUGAAUUCAUCGCUUCUUGAGAUUGUUUUGUUUUAUUGGAGAGAUCGUAGAUAGAGAAUAGACCAAGUUCCUCAAAAGGCGGUGACCGAACUUUAUAAAUGUAUGUAAUUGAUAGGGUAAAAGGUUAUAAUAUUUGUACUUAGCUGUAAAAAUAGCGUAAGAAAGUGGUCCAAAAUAUGGUUAGUUGUAGGUCCUAGAUUUUAUAAUAAUGUUUUGUAUAUCUUUUAUUAAAUGGUUUUUUUUAUUAAGAA